AUGGAUGCGCAAAAUAAGACGAAUCAAAGGGUUGAUUCAAUGCUCACGCAGCUGGUGGAAGAGAACAAGGAAAUAAAAAUUCAGAUCAUAAAGCUGACAGAAGCUUUAACCGUUCAUGAGCGUGGUAAAUUUCCAUCACAAGCCCAGUCCAAUUUGAGAGGACAACACAUGACUCAAACUUCCAACUCUGAAGGUCAAAAUAUCAAGGAAGUUAACGCCAUCUCUACUCAAAGUGGUAAGAAUUUUGACACGCCAUCGACAAGUAAAACCACUUCGAGUAAUGAAGAAUCGGCUCAGGAGAAAGAAGAGCCAACAAAAAUUUCGGUUAUCAAGGAUCUGUGCACCAUAAAGAGAAAGCACCAUGUCAAGAAAACUGCAUUCUUGAUGAAACAAGUAAGUGCAGUGAUUGAGCAGAAGAUGCCACCGAAGUAUAAGGAUCCAGGUUGUCCCACCAUUUCUUGCCAGAUCGGGACACAUGAAUUCAGCCAAGCGUUACUAGACCUAGGAUCGAGCGUUAACCUCAUGCCUUAUUCAGUAUACUCGCAAUUGGGUCUUGGAGAGAUUAAGCCCGCAUCUGUGGUUCUACAACUGGCCGAUAGAUCCAUUAAGAGACCACGGGGAAUAGUGGAAGACGUUCUGUUGCAAGUCGACAAGUUUUAUUACCCUGUGGACUUUCUUGUCUUGGAUACACAAUUCGUGGUGAAUAUGGAGUCAUCCAUUCCCAUCAUUCUAGGAAGACCUUUCCUUGCCACAACAAACGCACUUAUCAAUUGUAGGAAUGGUCUUAUGAAGAUAUCUUUCGGGAAUAUGACCCUUGAGUGUCACCAAACAUUCAUGAUCAACACACUUGUCGAGGAAGAGGUUAUACUACAAAGUAACUCUGAAGAUUUUGAAAACCUCUUCCAAAAUUCUAAAUCUGAGAGUUCCGGUCCUUGUGAAGUGGCUAAUAUUUCUGCUAUUUUCAAAGAAUCACAGGACAGAGGAACCAAGUUUGGGCCAACAUGUUUUGAGAAGCUCCCAACAGAAGGAGAAAACUGA